AGACAAUCAUUUGCAGCCCGUAAUGCAGUAUACUAUGAAAGUGUCUGUAGCUGCCCAAGUGCUAAGCCACACGGUCGGGGCCUAUUUAUAUUCAAUGGCCAGCGUUGGAGCCCUUGAUCAAAGAGUGAUAGCAACAGCUACUUUUUUAAAUCAUGUGGACACACUUUUUGACAGUUUUAAUGGUAGGGCCGCUGCACCACCGGGUAAAAUACUAAAAUGUGCUGUGACAGAAGAAUCACCACAUUUGGAGUAUUGGAAGCAGGCUUUCGAAAAGGUUAAAACGUGGCGGUUUCAGAGACGAACAAAAGCUGAAGGCAUCAAAUUGUCCAAGCCGCCGUCUCCGAUAGGAUGGCUAACGUCUUUAAAUGCAGUGAGAGGUAUAUGGACCCAUCUACACAAAACGGAAAAUCUUCAUUCUUUGCGCCCGAGGUCUUUGCUCUUGUCUCUGGUACCAUCGUAUAAACGGACGCAUGGCUUGAUCUAUUCUUUGGACAGUGACGUGACAACUGCCAGAAAAGCUUAUCACAGUUUCACCAAGAAAUAUCGUAGGCUACAUGGGCGUGGUGGAAAACGCAUCUCCAUGCCAAUCUGGUACCCCAGGUUCGAAUCCUGGCCAAGGCGUAAAAAUUUUCCCGCAGCGAUACUUUGGUCACUUCGUAGAAAACAUUGGAAGCAGACCCCAGUGUACCUAUUCUUGACGACUAGGGAGUAGAACAGCCGAGAGAAGUGGGCGGGGUUUUAUGACAGUCGGCAAGUUGAGAAAUUCAAUAAUAUUAUAAUGACAGUCGGCAAGUUGAGAAAUUCAAUAAUAUUAUAAUGACAUGAUAACUGAGGAUGUCGAUGAUGCCAUGGAAUAAGUUGAGGUUCCAAAACAUCCCUGGGACAAGAUAUCCUUUGAUCUAACAGACCAUAAAGUUGUAAGAAGAUUGUUGUUUAGAAGUCCCGAAAAUC